AUGAAUGAAAAAGCAGAAACCGGACAUAUUGUGUUGAGACUGAAGCUGGAGAUGAAAGCGGACUUUCUCUUGUUGCUGCUCCUCCUGUUUCUGACACAGCUGGCUCAAAAUGAUUGCAAAGAGCACACUACAAUGUGCACAAUGAAUGAUUCAUUCCAGCUCUCAUACAAGUAUCGUAAGACUGGUAACAUAACAAUUGGCAUGAUUGCUACUCAGUUUGACUGCCUGUUUGAUCAAAUAUCCUUCAGUGAGCACCCCAAAACAAAGUUUGUAGAUGAACUCUUAGCAACUCCAAAAAACUACCAGCAAGUCUUGUCCUUGGUAUUUGCUGUAAAGGAGAUCAACAAGAACCCCCAAAUCUUACAAAAUAUCAGUCUUGGUUUCCAGAUCUAUGACAGCUACACAAAUGCACUGAUGACUCAUCAGAAUACCCUGAAACUUCUUUCCAGCUGGGAAAGGAUGGUGCCAAACUUCAACUGUGAGAAGCAAAAGAAUUUGGUCACUGUCAUUGGAGGACUUGACUCUGAAAUCUCCCUUCAAAUGGCUACCCUCUUAGACAUCUACAAGAUUCCACAGAUUGCCUAUUGUGUUUUAGCUCCAGUGAUGAAUAUUAAAAUGCAGUUCCCUUCCUUCUAUCGGAUGGUCCCCAGUGAAGCAUAUCAGUACAGAGGCAUUGUCCAGCUGCUUCUGCAUUUCCAAUGGACCUGGGUUGGUAUCAUCACUGCUGAUGAUGAUAAAGGAGAAAGGUUUGUGCAGACAUUAUUACCAAUUCUUUCUCAACAUAACCUUUGUACAGCUUUCAUUGAAACAACACUAACCCUAUAUGGCGCAUUAGAGAUGGCACAACCAUUGGUAACCUUUGUGGACAAGGUCAUUUCACUAACAUACUCCAAUGUCAACGUAGUUAUUGUAAAUGCAGACCCACAGACUAUGACAGCUUUGAAAUGGUUGAUGUUUUCUGCAGUCAUACAAGGCAUUGCAGCUACAGCUAUAGCGAAGGUGUGGAUUAUGACAGCUCACUAUGAUUUCUCAUCACAGACAGUGCAGCGGGGUCUAGACAUGCAUGUCUUCCAUGGUGCCUUAUCCUUUGCUAUUCAUUCAGAUGAGGUGCUAGAGUUUCCAGAAUUUCUUCAGACACUGCAUCCUGACUCACCAAAAGGAGAUGGUUUUCUCAGGUUCUUCUGGGAACAGGCAUUUGACUGCUUGUUUCCUGGUUCCACUGAGGGCAAGGAGAGCAGUGACAUCUGCACUGGUCAAGAGAAGCUGGAGAGCCUCCCUGGGAAUAUGUUUGAAAUGAGCAUGACUGGCCAAAGCUACAGUAUCUACAAUGCAGUCUAUGCCAUAGCACAUGGUUUAGAUAAGCUGAAAUGGAGAGCAAUGGUUGACCAAGGAGGACUAGAUCCCCCAGUUCUACAACCUUGGCAGGUACUGCCCCUGGCUUUGUGUAAUGACCAUUGCCCUCCAGGAUACAGCCGACAAAAGAAGGAGGGGGAGCCAUUUUGUUGCUACAGUUGUGCUCCAUGUCCAGAUGGGAAGAUCUCUGACAAGAAGGACAUGAAUGAUUGUUUCCAGUGCCUAGAAAAUCAGUUUCCAAACAAGAAACAAGACCAGUGUCUUCCCAAGGAUCUACAUUUCCUCCGUUUUACAGAAUCUUUGGGGAUCAUUUUGGUUUGCUUAGCUCUGUCCUUUUCUGUGAUUACAGCUUUGGUGCUUGGAGUUUUCAUUAAGAACCAGAAUACGCCCAUCGUCAAAGCCAACAACCGGGAACUCACUUACUCUCUGCUCAUCUCCCUCUUGCUCUGCUUCCUCUGCUCACUGUUGUUCAUUGGCCAGCCUCAAACACUGACCUGCUAUUUACGACAAAUUGCUUUUGGUGUCAUCUUCUCAGUUGCUGUUUCUUGCAUUUUGGCAAAAACCAUCAUUGUGUUGCUAGCUUUCAUGGCCACCAAGCCAGGGUCCAGGAUGAGGAAAUGGGUGGGGAAAAGACUGGCAAACUCUGUUCUUGUAGGUUGCUCCCUGAUUCAAGUCGGUAUCUGUGUUCCAUGGCUAUGUACUAAUCCCCCAUUCCCGGAUUUGGACAUGCACACUCUGGGUGAAGAAAUCAUUGUGGAAUGCAAUGAAGGAUCUGUCACUAUGUUUUAUUGUGUCCUGGGGUACCUGGGAUUUCUAGCUCUUGUCAGCUUCAUUGUGGCGUUCCUAGCCAGGAAGUUACCAGAUAGCUUCAAUGAAGGCAAGUUUAUCACUUUCAGCAUGUUGGUCUUCUGCAGUGUUUGGUUGUCCUUUGUCCCAACUUACCUGAGUACAAAAGGAAAAUACAUGGUGGCUGUAGAGAUCUUCUCCAUCCUGGCCUCAAGUGCUGGGUUACUGGGUUGUAUCUUUUCCCCAAAAUGCUAUAUAAUUAUCCUGAGACCUGAACUGAAUAGGAGGAACCAGCUAAUGAGAAAUUAG